AUGAACCCCCGAGGCGAGGACGUUUUUCCGGUGUACUCUGCGUUCACACACACGGUCCGAUUAGCCAUCUUCGGGGACUUUGACCUCUUUGAAUACCAGGGCCAAGACACUACGUUUGAGCAAGUGGAGGGCGAGUGGGCACCGAAGGACCCUAAUCCGACAGACUUGGAGCACCUCCCUUACAUCUACCUGCAGCUCUGCUUCUUCUGCACGGGGAUUGGCAUUACGGUGCUGCUCAUGCUGAUUGCCAUCCUAAGCCAGAACUACGAGAUGCAACAGGAUCGCGCACAAGGGCUCUUUGUGCAGGCCCGUGCGAGAAUGCUGCUGGAGGUGCAGCGCAGGCCUUGGAUGAUGGUGGGCGCCUGGCUCGGUCGAAAGCUCUUGGACCCCGCGGCCGAGAAGCCCCCGCCCCCGCCCCCUUACUGGCAUCUUGGGAAGCUGGCCGAGAUCUCAUUGAGCCCUCUCACAAUGAUCAUGGAGCCUCUUGUGAGGCAAGGGGCGUAUUACCAGAAGAAUAUAUUCGAGCGAUUCUUGCAGCGUGCUCUCUGGAGCCCGGUCUCGAAGUACAAAGUUUUGGCCCUUGGCGUUCCAGAAGCUUGCUUCGACAAUGGCAGAGCUGUGAACGUGUUGCGUUGCCUCUGCUAG